UGAAUAAUGGAGGUAAACACAAAUUUGUGAAAGAAUGAUUAGUUCUAUUUUCCGUACGUGACAACACAAUAUAAAAGUCAUGGUCAAGUCUGAAUUGUCUAAACUAGACACUGAACAUGAUAGAUUGAUUGUCGACUUUCAACAGAAACACUCAGUUGAAGAGUUUCAUGCUGAGAGUGAAACUGAUGGUGUGGUGAAAAACUUUACCAAGCUACUAAAUACUUGCAGAUGUCUGCCCUUAUCCAAGCCAGUUGUGUGUAGUGAAUUGUGUAUAUUAUAUAAUUUGUUGUGUUGUAAAGUUUCUUGUUAUAAACCAUCUAAUUGUUCUAUUGUCUCCUAUAAUAUCUCAAUAAGUCGAAGUAUACAGAGAGUGCUAUCCUUUGUGGAUCAUAAUCCAGCUGUCUUAUUUACACCAGAUGUAACAUGCUCAAUAAGAUUAGUCAGUUUGUUUUCUACUGUCUUAAUGAAAGAGAAAAUUCUCAGAAUACAUGGUAUAUAUAAGUAUGUGAUAUUAGUUAUAAUUGAGUGGUGUUAUAUUUCACUUUUAUAUGAACAAUUUACAUUGACUCAACAAUUAAUAGAUUUACUACAAACAUUGACUAUUCAAGAUAUACAGAUACCAGCACCGAGAGAUGAACAGAUUUUUACAUUGUUACCUAUUGAAGUUCUUAAACUUGAUAAGAACUGUUUGUCCAUUGAUAUUUUCAUCAAACUAUCUGAUGUAUUAAACUAUGUGUCUGGUCUAGUGUAUUUCAAAAACAAUGAAGGUACAAGGUGUCAGGAAUGUUUGUCAAAUAUAGACUAUCAGCCAUGGAUACCAUAUUCUACAUUACUCAGAGCAUUGGUUUUAUAUGACAAGAAAAACUAUAAAGAAGUGAUAGCAAUAUGUCAGAAACUAUUGUAUAUAGAUAAACCAAAUAUAUUAUACUCCAUCAAAUCUUAUUUAUUAAACUUGUUAGGAUUAGCUCAGUCAAAACAGGCAAAGAAUCAUUCAGCCAUUGAAAGUCAUCGAGAGGCUUUACAGGAAGAUUUCUCAAAUUUGAUAGCAUUGUAUAAUAUAUCAUUACAAUAUCAACAAUUACAGCUAUAUGAUCAACAAUUAGAAACAUUAAACUUUAUCAUUAUACUAUAUGAUCAACAAUUAGAAACAUUAAACUUUAUCAUUAUAGUAAGUUUUUUAUCAUUACAAUAUCAACAAUUACAGCUAUAUGAUCAACAAAUAGAAACAUUAAACUUUAUCAUUAUACUAUAUGAUCAACAAUUAGAAACAUUAAACUUUAUCAUUAUACUAUAUGAUCAACAAUUAGAAACAUUAAACUUUAUCAUUAUAGCUCUAGAAGAUUCAGAAGGACAUCACAGAAAACAAGAUAGCACUAAUCCACUACAGUUAUCAUAUUUUAUAGAGAAACCUAGUAUAUCAUUACCUCAAGCCAUAUAUACACUGGCACACAGAUGUUUACAGUUAAAAAGAUAUUCAGACUUGAAAGCUGGAUUAGGUCAGCAUUCAUAUCAGACUGCUGAUUGGGUUCAGACUUAA